UUCUUCUAUUUUUUUGGUUUUAUUUCCGUUUUCUUUGGUUAAUACUAACGAACUAAAAAAAAAUGGAUUCCACAACUUUGGACAACAUCGAAAUACCCCAUAAAUCACUAUUCCCGGAGAUAUCAUUUUACACACGAAUAAAAUUAUUUCUUGGAUGCUUAUUACUAAGCCUAUUGUUGACAUUCUUAGCAUGGACAAUGAUUUUAAUUUCACUAAAAUCAUUUGCAACAAUUUAUACAUUCGCCACUGUAUUAUGUUUAUUUAGCAUCAUGUUUCUAGUUGGACCAAUGGAACAAUUACAAUCAAUGUUCAUCAUGACAAGAAUAAUCGCCUCAAUGAUUUUAAUAUUAUCCAUACUUUUAACAUUAUUAUCAGCAUUGAAGUGGAAAAAAGCCGUAUUGGCAAUUAUAUUCAGUUCAAUACAAUUCUUAUCAUUCAUUUGGUAUGCUUUAUCCUAUUUGCCUUAUGCACAAACUAUUCUAAAACAUUUCUGUCAAACCACUUGUACAUCAUUUUGUUAUUGUUGUUGAUAAUUUUCAUUCGAAUAUUUUUUUUUGGAUUCACCAUUUUCAA